UGCUCCUCCUAUUUGACCACAUUCCCUCACAGGGAUCACAUUUUCCGCGCACAAAGCAAGAACAACAAUCUAUAACCUGGAUAGGAGAUCUUUAGCUAGGAAGGAGGAGGAGGCUACAUAUAAACUCUCACCCUUGCUGCCAUUGUCAACACAAGGAGGUUUGUGAGUUCGUCUGUGUAUUCUAGAAGAAAAAAAGAGGACGUUUGUGAAUUGCAAGAGCAGAGAGGAGCAGAGAUUGAAGGUUUCAUACAGUUGAGAAAGAUGAGCUGCUUUUCGUGCUUCAAGCCUGAGAAGAAGAUCUCGUCCAAGAGGAUCGAGUCGAGGCAGGUCACGAUUGUGAAAACGGCCAGCCAAUAUGGAGCCCCUCUCAAGGAACCUGAACCCAACAAGCCAUCAUCUGCCUCUUCAAAGCAAAAGCCAUCAUCUGAAAAAACAGCAAAUAUUGAACCUCCAAAAGGAAGUUCUGCUGUUGCCAAAACUGCAAAAGCAUUCACAUUCCGUGAGCUAGCGACAGCCACUAAGAACUUCCGCUCCGACUGCCUUCUGGGAGAAGGGGGCUUCGGCAGGGUCUACAAGGGCCAGCUCGAAAAUGGCCAGCUUGUUGCUGUAAAGCAACUGGACCUGAAUGGAUUUCAAGGCAACAGAGAGUUCCUGGUUGAGAUCUUGAUGCUCAGUCUACUGCACCAUCCAAACUUAGUCAGCUUGGUAGGCUAUUGUGCAGAUGGAGAUCAAAGGCUUCUGGUGUAUGAGUACAUGGCACUUGGCUCACUUGCAGACCACUUGCUUGAUAACACUCCUGAUCAAGUACCACUAAGUUGGCAUAUCAGGAUGAAGAUAGCCCAUGGAACUGCUAGGGGGCUCGAAUACCUCCAUGAGAAGGCAAACCCACCUGUCAUCUACCGGGAUCUCAAGUCCCCCAACAUACUUAUUGACGAGGAGUACAACCCUAAGCUCUCAGACUUUGGGCUUGCAAAGCUCGGGCCGGUUGGGGAAAAGACGCACAUCUCAACUCGAGUGAUGGGUACAUAUGGGUACUGCGCUCCAGAAUACAUAAGAACAGGCCAGCUAACUGUCAAGACUGAUGUGUAUAGUUUUGGGGUUUUCCUACUGGAGCUGAUCACGGGAAGAAGAGCUGUGGAAACCUCCAGAUCAGCAAGCGAUCAAAUCUUGGUUAACUGGGCCAAGCCAAUGCUCCGAGACAGGAAGAGGUGCCAUCAGCUAGUAGACCCUCUUCUCAGAGGUGACUACCCAGAGAGAGAGAUGAGCCAGGCUGUGGGCGUUGCAGCAAUGUGCCUACAAGAGGAAGCCUCAGUCCGGCCAUACAUGAGUGAUGCUGUUGUGGCACUGGGAUUCCUCGCAGAAGUGCCUGCUGGCUCUGAAGGGACAUCUGGUACUCUACCCCAAAAGAAACAAAUUGAAAAUACCUCAUUAACUAGUAGCGCUAAGCAAGAUAAGAACACAUAUGAUCGUCAAAGAGCUGUUGCUGAGGCCAUUGAGUGGGGCUCCUUGAGGCAGAAACAGAAAGCUCAAAGUCAAGGCAUUCAAUCACCUCCAGAAGCCAACAGGUUGUGAAAACCAGAAUUGUCUAUGUUUUUAUGUGUUGUGCAAAGUUAUUAGGGUAUCCCCUCACUUGUAACAAUUUUGUUGAAGCCUUAAGGCUGUAUUGUCAUAUAGAGUUAGAGUUUGUAAAUUAAGUUAUUGUCUCAUAAAGGUGUAAGGGAUCUGUAGUACCUUCUGUUGAAGCACAUGUGUCUUAUU